AUGAAACGAAAGACUGGCGUGGAACCGCAUAGAAAAGAGCACAAAAAAAAUGCUGAAGAAAAAGACACACGUAUUUUAGAGGAGGAAGUGCAGGCCCCAGUGCAGCCAGCUGAGCCUGCGUUGGAGAGCACCCCGGAAAGCAUACGGGAUUCAGCAGGCGAUUCACGGUCUCUAAUUGAGACAGCAAGGAGUACGCUAGCUCGUCUUUUAACCAUCAUGUGGCCAGAGGUUGGUGUCAAUGCACUGAGGAGCCCAGGCGAGCAGCCAUCUCGCAUAAGUAUCUUGAAUAGGCCGAGCAGCAGCCAAGCAGAGGAGGCAGUGCAGGCCACUGAGAGAGAAGAGUGGGAAAGGCUUGAGAAUACAAAUAUGUCGCGCUAUAUUCCGGUUGAUGCAUUUAGAGCUAUUAUGACGGCAGUGCAGAGUGUAAGAGGAAAUCCGCAUCUCUAUGACUCCAUGAACUCUGUUGAAGUAGACACAUUUUUUGAUGGGUCUGCAAGCAACAAUCCACCCCCCGACCCAAACUCGCCGCACGCGCGCAGCAUCGUGUUCACUAUAACAUACUAUAUUGAGGAUCCUGUGUCUCACCGAAAGACCAUUGGCAAGGAGGACUUGGACGAAAAGAUCCCCGAAGUAAGCGCAGAUGGAAGCGAGGGGGAGUGUCCAAUCUGCUUGGUGGAUAUAGAGAAGGAGGAAAUCAUUCGAAAACUGCACUGUAUGCACACGUUUCAUAGCGAGUGUGUUUCUGAGUGGCUGACCAAUUAUUCGAAUGAGUGCCCUAUGUGUAGAAAAGAGGCAGUCGCGGUUGCUAUAGAAGAAAGCCCAAAAUAA